AUGCCGGAAGCACGAGUCCUCCUCGCCAUAAUUCUGUCCACCUCCCUUCUCUUCCUGGCCGCCUCGGCGCAACAACGUUCACAAUGGAAGAAACCCAACACCCAACAACAUGAAACCAGCCGAUUCAAUCCAGCACGCAGCAAUGCACCUGUCAAUGCCAACAUAACAACAACAACAACACCACCCAACAAACGGUUCCUAGCGCAGAGGCACCACCUCUCGGUACGGCGGGAGUUCCUCCACGCCCACAACAAUGUGAGGAGGCAUUUCAACGAGCCAAUCCUGAAGUGGAGCAGAAAGCUUGCCCGCUACGCGCGCCGCUGGGCCAACAAGCGCUUCCUGGACUGCCAGAUGAUCCACUCCUACGGCCCGUACGGCGAGAACCUGUUCUGGGGAAAGUACGACCACUGGACGGCGACGGAGGCGGUUCAGUCGUGGAUUAGGGAGCACAGGUACUAUAAUCCACACACCAACGAAUGCGCUCCGGGCCAAAUGUGCGGCCAUUACACGCAGAUUGUGUGGAGGGACACGUCGCGGAUAGGAUGCGCGCGCAAGAAGUGUUUGAACGGAGGAUUGUUUGUUAUUUGUGUGUAUGAUCCGCCUGGGAAUUACAUUAACGAGAGCCCAUUUGGAACUGCUGCGCCAUCUGGUUAA